GCAGGGGGCGGGGCGGAGCGAAGGAUGUUUGCAAAGCAGACAAACGUGGUCAUGUUGUCAAAUGUGUGUUUUCUGCUUGUCAAUCUGCUCCGAUCGUACAGACGUGUCUGGUCCCCCCGCACCUAGUGCGCAGACUCUGAGCACACAGACAUGCUCUCGGAUCUAGGAAGGGGGGGAUUACCUUUUCAUUCUAUUUAGCGGCUUUCCCACCUAGUGCUGUUCUUUUUUAUUCCCCCUCUCCUGCUCAUCCAUUCAUUGCCGAUCAUUGCAUUCAUUGAUUUCCUCUGUGCCCCCUCUCUAUGAUCGCCCAUUGAUGUGUGUCUCACGUCCAAGGUGUGGGUCUCCUUGUUCCCAGGGGGAGCCCCCCUUCCUAUGUAGGUACAUUGGAUUAGAGAGUACGGUCUAAUCUACCUUCAUCCCAAGCCUGCUGUCAUCGGAUCACUUGUCAUCUCGGAUGAUCGCCAGGGAAGGACUUCGCCUUGUCUCCUCCAGUUUAUGAAUGGCCCUGAUAUGGAGGAAAUACCGUUUCAGAAAGUCAAAACCAGAAGGAAGAAGUGCCACUGCUCCCCCGCCCCCCCUCUGGAUUCCAUCGCAUGCGAAGACGAGUUCGAUUGCAAGGAGCUGGAAUCCCUCUUCCAGAAUUACAACCUGAAGCUGGAGCAGACGUCCACCUUGAAGGCUCUGGCGGUCCUCAUCAUCAUGACGGCUACCUUAGCCCUGGUAGAGCUCAUGUCUGGUCCAAGCCUCUCCAUCUCCAAAGGGUCCCAUCCUGUGCACUGUAUCAUUUUCGUGUCCCUCUUUAUUGUCACCAAUGUCAAGUACCUGCAGGUCACCCAGCUGCAGCAGAUCGUCAAGCUGACUUUGCUCUUCAGCUUCACUUUCUCCUUUCUGUGUUGUCCCUUCUCCUUGGGAGCCUAUGGCUUGGAGCCCCCCUCUUCCUCGGAGCAAGGAAUGUGGCAGCUCAUGCUGGUCAUGUUCAUCUCCUAUGCUCUGCUGCCUGUCAGGACCCUGCUGGCCAUCAUUUUUGGUUUCAUGGUGUCUGUAUCUCACAUCAUUGUGACGGCCACAUCCGUCAGCGUUAAAAGACACCGGCUCUGGAGAAUGCUUGUGGCCAAUGCUAUUCUUUUUGUCAGUGUGAAUUUGUCUGGGGUCUUCGUGCGGAUUCUGACAGAAAGGGCCCAGAGAAAAGCAUUUCUUCAGGCCAGAAACUGCAUUGAGGACAGACUCAGGCUAGAGGACGAAAAUGAAAAACAGGAACGUCUUUUAAUGAGCCUUUUACCCAGAAAUGUUGCCAUGGAAAUGAAAGAAGAUUUUCUGAAGCCACCUGAGAGAAUUUUCCAUAAAAUUUACAUUCAAAGACAUGACAAUGUUAGCAUUUUAUUUGCAGAUAUUGUUGGUUUCACAAGCUUGGCAUCCCAGUGUACAGCACAAGAGCUGGUAAAGCUGUUAAAUGAACUGUUUGGAAAGUUUGAUGAAUUGGCAACAGAAAAUCACUGUCGAAGAAUUAAGAUUCUUGGAGACUGUUACUAUUGUGUAUCUGGGUUAACACAGCCUAAAACAGAUCAUGCACAUUGCUGUGUUGAAAUGGGAUUGGAUAUGAUUGACACCAUUACAUCUGUUGCAGAGGCAACUGAAGUAGAUCUCAACAUGAGGGUUGGACUGCAUACUGGCCGUGUUCUUUGUGGUGUCCUGGGGCUUCGCAAAUGGCAGUAUGAUGUGUGGUCCAAUGAUGUUACACUGGCCAAUGUAAUGGAAGCUGGAGGAUUGCCUGGGAAGGUUCACAUAACAAAGACUACCCUAGAGUGCCUAAAUGGAGAUUAUGAAGUUGAACCAGGUUAUGGUCAUGAAAGAAACAGUUUCUUGAAAAAGCAUAACAUAGAAACAUUUUUCAUUGUGCCAUCUCAUAGAAAGAAGAUAUUUCCAGGACUGAUCCUGUCUGACAUAAAGCCUGCCAAAAGGAUGAAAUUCAAGACUGUCUGCUAUCUUUUAGUUCAACUCAUGCAUUGUCGUAAAAUGUUUAAAGCAGAAAUUCCAUUUUCAAAUGUGAUGACUUGUGAGGAUGAUGAUAAGAGGAGAGCUUUACGAACAGCCUCCGAGAAACUCAGGAACAGAACCUCUUUUUCUACAAAUGUCAUACACAACACCCCAGGAACCCGUGUGAAUCGUUACAUUAGCCGCUUGAUUGAAGCUCGGCAGACUGAUUCAGAGUUGACAGAUUUGAAUUUUAUAAGUUUGAAAUAUAAGCAAUCUGAACGUGAGCAGAAAUAUCACCAGCUUCAUGAUGAAUAUUUUACCAGCGCAGUGGUACUUUCAUUAAUUUUAGCUGCCUUAUUUGGCCUUGUCUACCUUUUAAUAAUCCCACAAAGCACUAUUGUCCUUGUCCUCCUGGUGUUCUGCAUAUGCUUCCUAGUGGCGUGCAUUAUGUACUUACAUGUCACACGAGUGCAGUGUUUUCCAGGGUGCCUAACAAUACAGAUACGAACCAUUUUAUGUAUUUUUAUAGUAAUAUUAAUUUAUUCUGUGGCACAAGGAUAUGUGGUUGGCUGCAUGCCUUGGUCAUGGAGUACAAAUUCCAGCAGCUCUAUUUUGAUUAUUUCUCCAAGUGGAGAGAAUAAAACCAUGGAGGAACGUCCAUGUGACACAGCUCACUAUGCUUUCUUAUCCUGUGUGGUGGGCACCUUAACAAUGGCAAUUUUUUUACGCAUUUCUUCAUUGCCAAAAAUUAUUUUACUUCUUUUUGUUACUGUUUUAUACAUAUUAGUUUUGGAACUCAGUGGAUACAGAAAAGCAGCAGGAAGGGGAUCUUUUUAUAUGCGAGGUUAUGAACCCAUUCUAGCCAUUUUGCUGUUUUCCUGUGCUUUGGCACUCCAUUCUAGACAGGUGGACAUGAAAUUACGCCUGGACUACCUCUGGGCUGUGCAGGCAGAAGAGGAGAGAGAUGACAUGGAGAGAGUCAAGCUGGAUAAUAAGAGAAUUCUCUUUAAUCUUCUGCCAGCACAUGUUGCACAGCACUUUCUUAUGUCAAAUCCAAGAAACAUGGAUCUUUAUUAUCAGUCUUACUCACAGGUUGGUGUGAUGUUUGCAUCCAUUCCUAAUUUUAAUGAUUUUUACAUUGAACUUGAUGGCAAUAAUAUGGGAGUGGAAUGUUUACGACUUUUAAAUGAAAUUAUUGCUGAUUUUGAUGAGCUCAUGGAAAAAGAAUGCUACAGAGACAUUGAAAAAAUCAAGACAAUUGGAAGUACAUACAUGGCAGCUGUAGGACUGGUUCCAACAACAGGAACAAAGGCAAAAAAAUCUAUUUAUUCUCACCUAAGCACAUUAGCAGAUUUUACUAUUGAAAUGUUUGAUGUUAUUGAUGAAAUCAACUAUCAGUCUUACAAUGAUUUUGUUCUCAGAGUGGGAAUAAAUGUUGGACCUGUUGUUGCAGGAGUUAUUGGUGCCCGACGCCCUCAGUAUGACAUCUGGGGCAACACAGUUAAUGUUGCCAGUAGAAUGGAUAGUACUGGGGUGCAGGGAAAAGUCCAGGUAACUGAAGAUGUCUAUCGAAUAUUAAAGAAAUGCAAUUAUGAAUUUGUUUGCCGAGGUAAAGUCAGUGUUAAAGGCAAAGGGGAGAUGUUAACGUACUUCCUUGAGGGAAAAGUUGAUGGAUCAAAUGCACAAACUCGAUCUCUAAACUUAGAACGCAAAAUGUACCCUUAUGGUAGAUCGAACAUUCAAACAAAGUUGGGCUUAAGUUGUCCAUCUGUAACACCUGCAACAAGUCUUUCUAGCCCAACUGUGGGUACACUUCAAGCUACAACAUCUCAUGCAAAUCAGACUCUUCAUUACCUUCCUUCUGUGCCUGCAGUUGAAGAGGCAUGAAACAAAAAAAAAUCUUCUUUGCGUCAUCCACAGUGAGCUGAAUGCCUGUUCUUGUAAUAAGAAAAUAAGGGAUAAAGAGAAGUCACAAAACCAAGGAUAAUUUAUCCAACCAAAGAGAACUAUGGGAACUGUAAGAAUGGAAAAACCAAGGGCUAACAAUUGUGUUAGGUGUUCAGGGAACAAGCCGUUGUGUUCCAAAUUCUAAUGGGAUUUGAGAAACCAAAUUCAAAGAUUGCAUAAUAGGAUUGAGUGUGUCUGUUGAAAAUAACAAUUUGAGGUAUAUAUCGGGAUGCAUUCAUUUAAGGUACUUAUUUAUUUUAAAUAUUAUCAAAAGAAUAAAGCAAACAUGUGAGUUUUUUUUGGUAGAUACAUUCAGUCUUAUGGGAUAAGUAACUUCCCUUCUUGAAUGUACUCUUUAUGUUUAAACAUCCACAGCUUUUGUAGCUGAAUUUUGGUACAACUCUCCUAGGACUUCCAUAUUUUGAUUUGAUAGGAGUUAACAUUUUUGAAGGUGCUAAUAUUUGAAAGUUGGAUCACUUUAAAUGUUUAAUACUGGAUAUUUUUGCACACAUUGGGUGAAGUUGUAAGGUAUUGUUCAGAUACAGACCAAUUUCAGAGAUAUAUUAAUUCAUGCUUUUUGCAUGUAACCUGUAUCUUUGCAUGAAGUAUAUUAUUGUAUAUCUACAGCAGCAAAUGAGGAAAACAAAGACUGGACUCAGGGGUUAUACAGAUAACUGAAAAAAACUUACACUAUGUAUUGUUAUUAUUUAGGUGAUUUAAAUAUAUUACAAGCACUGGUACCUGCACAAUUUUUGGAAUGUUUUUGAAGGUUUUUCAGUGUAACCCAUGGUUAAGUGUGACUCAUAGUAAAAAGAAUACAUACAUUGUAAUUAACAUAAUUUACUUUGCACAUAGUUCCAUGUGCAGCAUGAUUUUGAUUGCAAAGAAAUUCCAGUUAAGUCAUCCUCGUCUUAUUAAACCAGAAGGAGCGGUUAUUAAUUACUGUUUGUUUUGCAUAAAUGUAAAAGAUACAUUUUUUUCUCAGAGUACCUCUUAUGAAAACACAAUAGUUUUUUUGUAGGCUGAUUAUAUAUAUAUAUAUAU